GAGAUAAUUUUGGGGAGAGAGAGAGAGUGAGAGAGUCAACCAACCAUUUUCUGUAAUUUUUUGGUUGUAUGUAUAUGUAAGGCUUCGAAAUGUCCACACAUUGGCAUGUUAUCUUCACCUUUUUUCGUCUUCACUGUUCUCGGCGCAGAAACAAACUUUUUAAGCCGUUUCUAUCUCUCUCUCUUUUUCUGCCCUUGUAGGUCUCCUCUCUGAGCUCAUGGAGAAAGCUUUUUGCAAGUCAAGCAUGCAGAGACAGUGAUAACAGAAACCUUCUCAAUCCUAAACUAGGGUUUUCUUAAGGUAUUCCAGGGGAUUCUUUCUACCCACUUGGUAAGAGCGAGUACCCAAAAAGAUUCAGUGAGGGAAAGAGAGUUUUAGAGAGUGUGAGAGAGGCUCAGGGAGAUUUAGAGAGGGAAAGAGGGUUUAAGAGAGAGAGGGAUAGAGAAGGAAGCGCUAAGCAGCAUAAAAGAUUUUUGCUUGCCGCCUUUCUCUUUCUUUCUCUCAAGCUUUUCUGGAGAGGAAGUUGGAGACAUUUGGAUUUAUCCUCGUGUCUCCUCUGCCUCUCUAUUCUUUGAGUUUUCUUCUGUGUAUCAUUCAUUGGCGUGUGUAAACAUUGUGUUCAUAAGCAGUGGUUGGAGAUUUGCAGAAUAAAAGGAGAGAGAGUGAUUAAUAGAGAGAGAAACGAAAGGGCUUUAUUUCAUGAGUUUUGGGGGUUUUCUUGAUAGUAGCUCUGGUGUUGGUGGCGGUGCAAGAAUCUUUGCCGAUAUACCUUACAGCAACAGCGAUAACAGCAACAACAUGCCCACUGGUGCAAUUGCUCAGCCACGCCUUGUCUCUCACUCUAUAGCCAAGUCGAUGUUCAACCCACCUGGACUCUCACUCGCUCUUCAAACGAGUAUGGAGGGUCAAGGUGAUUUGACAAGAAUGCCUGAGACUUAUGAGUCUAAUAAUACUGGGAGAAGAAGCAGAGAUGAAGAGCACGAGAGCAGAUCUGGAAGUGAUAACAUGGAGGGUGCUUCCGGAGACGAUCUAGAUGCGGCCGACAAACCACCAAGAAAGAAGAGAUACCACCGACACACCCCACAGCAAAUCCAAGAACUCGAAUCGCUCUUCAAGGAGUGUCCUCAUCCAGAUGAAAAACAAAGGUUAGAGCUUAGCAGAAGGCUUUCUUUAGAGACCCGGCAAGUUAAGUUUUGGUUCCAAAAUCGGAGAACCCAGAUGAAGACUCAGCUCGAACGCCAUGAGAAUUCAAUACUUAGGCAAGAGAAUGAUAGGCUUCGAGCUGAAAAUAUGUCAAUCAGAGAGGCGAUGAGGAACCCUAUUUGCACCAACUGUGGUGGUCCAGCGAUAAUCGGUGACAUAUCCUUGGAAGAACAACACCUUAGGAUUGAGAAUGCACGGCUGAAAGAUGAGUUAGACCGGGUUUGCGCGCUUGCCGGGAAGUUUUUAGGCCGGCCCAUUUCGUCCAUGGCCAGUUCAAUAGGUCCUCCAAUGCCAAACUCAAGCUUGGAACUUGGAGUUGGUGGCAAUGGAUUUGUAGGAUUAAGUACAGUGGCAACGACAUUGCCUUUGGGGCCUUCUGAUUUUGGUGUUGGGAUUUCAAGUGCUUUGUCAGUGGUGCCUCCGGCGAGAGGAACAACCGGUGGGACGGGGAUCGAGAGAUCACUUGAGAGAUCUAUGUAUUUGGAGCUUGCUUUGGCUGCUAUGGAGGAAUUGGUUAAGGUGGCUCAGACUGACGAGCCUCUUUGGUUCAGGAGCUUGGAAGGGGGAAGAGAAAUGAUGAACCAUGAUGAGUAUUUGAGAAUAUUUAGUCCUUGUAUUGGCUUGAAACCUAAUGGCUUUGUUACCGAGGCUUCAAGGGAGACUGGUAUGGUAAUCAUCAAUAGUUUGGCUCUAGUGGAGACAUUAAUGGACUCUAAUAAAUGGGCGGAGAUGUUUCCUUGUAUGAUUGCUAGAACCUCUACUACAGAUGUGAUUUCUAGUGGAAUGGGGGGCACCAGGAAUGGUGCAUUGCAGCUGAUGCAUGCGGAACUCCAAGUCCUUUCGCCCUUGGUGCCUGUUCGCGAGGUCAAUUUCCUGCGCUUUUGCAAGCAGCACGCGGAGGGGGUGUGGGCUGUGGUUGAUGUUUCUAUCGAUACCAUCCGAGAACCUUCAGGUGCACCGGCGAUUCUGAGCUGCCGGAGGAUUCCUUCUGGCUGUGUGGUGCAAGAUAUGCCUAAUGGGUACUCCAAGGUUACGUGGGUGGAACAUGCUGAAUACGAUGAGAGUGCCGUUCACCAGCUCUACCGGCCCUUGAUCAGCGCUGGCAUGGGCUUUGGUGCCCAACGAUGGGUUGCAACUCUUCAACGCCAAUGUGAAUGCCUGGCCAUUCUAAUGUCCUCCGCCGUGCCAACAAGAGAUCACACUGCUAUAACUGCAAGUGGGAGAAGAAGCAUGCUGAAGCUAGCACAGCGCAUGACGGAUAACUUCUGUGCCGGGGUGUGUGCUUCAACAGUCCACAAAUGGAACAAGCUUUGUUCUGGCAAUGUGGAUGAAGAUGUUCGGGUCAUGACCCGAAAGAGCGUCGACGACCCCGGUGAACCACCGGGCAUCGUGUUGAGUGCUGCAACCUCAGUUUGGCUACCUGUGUCCCCUCAAAGGCUCUUUGAUUUUCUGCGUGAUGAACGGCUGAGAAGCGAGUGGGACAUUUUAUCCAACGGUGGUCCCAUGCAAGAAAUGGCCCAUAUUGCCAAAGGCCAAGAUCAUGGAAACUGCGUCUCCCUCCUCCGUGCCAGUGCUAUGAACUCGAACCAGAGUAGUAUGCUUAUACUCCAGGAGACAUGCAUAGACGCGGCGGGGUCGCUAGUGGUGUACGCGCCCGUUGACAUUCCGGCAAUGCACGUGGUGAUGAACGGUGGAGAUUCAGCUUACGUGGCACUCUUACCUUCAGGAUUUGCAAUCGUACCAGAUGGGCCAGGGUCUCGUGGGCCGGCCAGUAAUGGUCCUGCGAACGGGCCCAGCAGUAAUGGGGGCCCUUCAUCGGAUAGAAUCAGUGGGUCCCUCUUGACCGUGGCAUUUCAGAUUUUGGUGAACAGCCUCCCUACUGCCAAGCUCACCGUAGAAUCUGUGGAGACGGUCAACAAUCUCAUAUCAUGCACCGUCCAGAAGAUCAAAGCUGCCCUACAAUGUGAAAGCUGAUCUGGGUCACGUGAGUCUCACAGGAUUAAUAAUGUAACGAUGAAUUUACUAACUAGGGCAUGUUUGUUCCAAGUUUUUAAGGUUUUAAGGUUGUGUUGAUUUGUGCGUGGAGCAUAAAAUUCGCAAUUUGGGGGUGUUGAGUCAAGAACGAACCGCGCUGGAAACAACCCUUGCCAGGUGGUAAGAACAAGGGUGGACCACGGUGGUUCAAUGCCGGAGUAAUGUUCUUAACACAAUGCAAUGGUGGUGGUUCGGGUAUUGACUCGGGUUGACCCGUGAGUUGGCUCAAGAACUUGAACGAAAGCAUAGGGAGUUUCAAUGGUGACAAGUGAAGAAAAAUAUUAAUGAUGAAUAAUAGGGGUGUAUUUGUCACUAACUAAAUAUUUGAUUUGUUUUUAUCUUUGUUUGGACAAAUUGUAUGCUUCUGUCGGCAGCUUCCUCAAAAUUUUUAUGUCAACUUUGGUGGGUUUUGAUUUUGAUAUCUUUUAGUCUCUGUCACUAGUUUAAAUUUACUGCUUUGCCCUUGGCAUCCAUAACCUUUUUUGGCCAAGUUUGGAAGAAUUUAGGGGAAGGAGAUUGGAUGAAUUUUGAAG